AUGUUCCAAGCCGGUCGGUUCGUGUGUGGUCUUGGAAUCGGUAUCCUCGUGACUGUUUGUCCCAUGUAUCUGUCCGAGAUGUCGAGUGCUUUCCGUCGUGGUUGGCUGGUCGGUCAUCAUGCGAUCUUCCUGGUUUUCGGUUACAUGCUUGCUGGCUGGGUCGGUUAUGCAUGCUACUUUGCUGAAGGAGAAUUGGGCAGUUUCGGCUGGAGGUUUCCUCUGUGUCUUCAGUGCCUGCCAGCGAUAGUGCUGCUCCUUGGAUCACCAUGGCUUCCUCGUUCCCCUCGGUGGCUUAUUUCCAAAGGGAAGCACGAGGAAGCUAAGAUUGUGCUUCAGAAGCUUCGCCAGUCACCAGAUGAUCCCGACAACCUAGUUGCUAAGGAGGAAUAUUUUCAGACAGCGGAGCAGAUCCGCCUCGAAGCGGAGAGGCUAUCCACUUAUGGCAACGUGUGGAACGCAGUUUUACGGAAGAAGUCGUAUAGAAAGCGAAUGGCAAUCGGCUUCCUCACUCAAUGGGGUGCUGAAUUCGGUGGGCCAUUGAUCAUUACGCACUGA